CCGCGCUUCACGCUUACUCCUUCCACUAUUGAAUCUCUUCAGUAUACCGUUCAUUAUGGCCUUAAACAUCAAAUUGAUCGCAAUCAUCGGGACAGGUCCCGCGGGAAUUGCAUCCCUCUAUGAAUUUCUUCACACCAACGCGGAUGGUACCUCCACCGUGGGUGGUGCUAGAUCGGCUGACCCCGCCUUCACCAAGGUUGUCGCCUUUGAGCAAAAAGACAAGGCUGGUGGGAUCUGGGCCCCCUCCUUCGAUGAAGCGGACUACCCUCUUCCACCCCAGGAUUUGCUCGACACCAACCAGUACAACAAUCCCGAUGUGAUCCAUCCAGCAGAGCCUGUGCCUGAGAACUUGGAGAGAGCGACCGCUUCCCAGCCAUUUGUGAAGCAUGCCAGCGAUGCCACCUCCAAGGAACUCCAGUGGAGCAGAAGUGGGGUCUAUUCCGACUUGUUCACCAACAUCCCGAACAGAUUCACCCGCUUCUCGUACAACAAGUUGGACGAAAAGUUGUUGGACACCUCGCGCCUCAUCUACCCGUUUAUGACCAAUACAGAAUUGACCAACAGUAUCAGACACAUGAUCGAGACGGAAAACUUGAACGAGCACAUCAGAACGUCUACCAGGGUGGAGAACGUGCAGAAGAAGGGCGGAAAGUGGGAGAUCACCGCCAGAAAGACCAGCAACGACGGCCUCACUGAGGAGUGGUACACCGAGGAAUUCGACGCCGUGGUGGUCUCCAAUGGUCAUUACACCGUGCCUAGUAUUCCGUGCUUUCCCGGCUUGGCCGAGUUCAAUGCCCAACGUCCGGGCGUGUUGAGCCAUAGCAAGUCCUUCCGGUCGGCGGAGGAGUACAGAGACAAGAAAAUUCUCUUUGUGGGGGGUAGUAUCAGUACCAUUAACUUGGUACAGUACGCCUAUCCACUCGCCAAAAGCGUGUAUCUCUCCAGAAGAGGGAAACAGAGACUUUUCCCGUGGAUCAACCGCGCUGCUGACUCGGAAGGGAUUGUUUCCAAAACCACCAUCGAGCGCUUUAUACCGGAAACCAACGAAAUUUUGUUCACCGACGGGACAAAGGAGUCCGGGUUUGACUUGGUGGUGUUUGCCACGGGCUAUCACUUCCACUACCCGUUCUUGAAGGAGUACUUGAAGAUCAAUGACCCGUCUAAUAGAAGCAGUGUCAGCGGUUUGUACUACAACACGUUUGCCAUCGAUGAUCCUACGUUGGGUGCUGUGGGAGUGACCAUCUCCACACUCAAAUUCCACACCAUCGAGACCAGUGCGGCGGCACUUGCUGGUGUCUGGUCGAACGCAAAGCAACUUCCAGCGCGCGAGGAGCAGGAAAAAUGGGUCCAGGACCAGAAGGAAGCCAAGGGUGGCUCCAUUGAUUUCCACUACUACACCCACGAGCAGGUCAGAGCCGGAUUUGUCGAUCCGGUGCACAAGUUUGCGGCGGUAGGAAGAGCUAGUCCGCUUGAGGUGGACGGUGAACAUCUCAAUGAUUUUGAAGUGGGCUUCAAGACGUUGGAGAGACUCUUCUACGGACUCAAAAACGGGGAGAUCACUCCAAAGGAUACAUUGCUUCGGGCAUAACGGUGAAUGCCAAUAGAGCAUUUAACUGUACGCAUAAUGAGUAUGAGCCUUCGAGAUAUAUUAGACGGGUUUAAUGGACCCUCUACGUAAAAUAAAGCGAUUUAUCAAAAACCAAUCUUGUGUCUAUGACUUUGCCAUUGACCAUGACAAUGGAAAUCCCUGAAGAGCGCAACCAGG